CAAUUUGCCCUCAGCCAAGAUGGCGGCGCCCAGGGAGCAGGGUUUUUCUGUGGCGCGGCGGCUGUGGUGAGGGGACGGAGCGCGGGGCUGAGGGAGCAGCCGGGAGGGGCGAGGCGAGGCUGCGCCUGCCGUCAGAUGCACCCUGAUGGUAAACAGCAUCCAUUUUUCAUGUGGAAACGAAUGUACAAUCAGCUCCAUACAUGACGUCUCUUCAAAACUCACGGUUUUUGUCUAUACUUCUAAUCUGACACUUAGCUAGAUGGACUUUUGAGUCAGUAUUUUCUUUACCACAUAAACAGAGGUCAUAGUCAUCACUGCUGUUAUGUCCUGGGUACAAGCUGCAGUCAGCCGAUCCAAUGAGGAUAUAUUUGAUGAAGAUGCAGAUGAGAUGUAUCUACUACAGAAGGAAUGGAACAGCACUAUGAAAAAAAGAUUGAAGGAAGGCUAUAGGGAUGGUGUUGAGGCUGGGAAAGAACUUACACUCCAGGAAGGCUUUAAUCAAGGUUACCGACACGGUGCUCAGCUGAUGGUUACAUGUGGCCAGUUCAGAGGAACCCUGAAUGCUCUCUUAUCCUGGUGUCAUUUUAAUGGACAUGAUUCUGCUUUAAGUAAGAUAAAUGAUCUUCUUGAUGUUGUUGGAAAGCAUGAAGAAGAUGUGCUUAAGUACCUGAAUUCUAUUGAACAACAGCCACAUCUCGGACGCAUUUUAGAUUCUGUUCGGGACAUGGACCUUAAUCACACAGCUCCAGCUGGGACAGAGUAUAGUGAAGUUAAAGCUGGAAAACACGAGGACAUUAGCAACUCUGGUGAAAAGAUUUGUAGAAAUAAUUGUGAGGUUGGUUCCUUGCAGCAUGAGUGCAGCAAGGCAAAACUCUGCACAGAUCCUGAAAGGUCAACCCUUGCUUGGGUUAAAAAGCAGACUAUUUGGCUAGUAGAACAACUGGGCUUAUCACUGGAUAUACUUCAUCAUGUCCAGCAACUGGAACGUUAGUUUUUCUGUCUCAUGGUAUUUAAAAUUAUCUCAACUGGAUUUGAUUAUCAGUUUGUGGACCAUGUACAAGAUCAUACAUCACUUUGUUUUAAGGAAAUCUGAUUUUGAUACUUCCCAGUAGAGGUAAUUUCUGUAAAUCUUCACCAUGCUUUGGCUCCUGUCAAAAAACCACCUUGCUUUCAAUCUUAAACAUAACUUUCACAGAAAGGAGAAAUUACUUUUAAAGCUCUACAAACAUUACUAAACAUGUUUCUGUUCUGUGUCAGAAGCUGUCAUUUCACCCUCACUUUCAUUUUUGGCAGCAGUUUGGAAAUGGAGCAGGUCCCUUAAAUAGCCCCUCUAAAUAGGACCCUUCUAAUAUCUAAAAAAUAAAUGCCCAGUGCUAUAGACAAGCUGUUCUUGCAGAAUAAGCUGCUGUUGAUGAUAUGCUAACUCUAUGGAAAAUAGAACAGGAUUUGCUGCUGAGUUCUAGAGUGCUGUGACUCUCUCUAGUUGCUAUGUAAAAUACAGGAAUUUUUCACUUUUUGUCAAAUUCUUCCUCUUACCUUUUGUAACCACUAUGCAGUGCACUUUCAUACUUAAACUAUUUUUUUCCUCCUCAUACAGUUCUAUUUAUUUCACUUUUGCUGAAAACACACUAUUCUCUUCAGCUGCAGAAUUACUGACAAUUCAAUUGUUUUACUGUUAGUUCAUCUACUCUUACGCUGUUAGACCACACUGAACAUGUUUCCAGUGUGAUGAACUUAACCUGGUGUUACUUUUGUAUUUAUUUUGCCAGUCCUUCUAGCCUGAACUCAUUCCCAUAGUGUUUUUUCCAAACUCUUCAAGGAAGUCAGGCUUAUUCACCUUGUAGAAACACACGUGCAUGUUUCUGACAACUUUGUAUUUCUGUGCCAACAUUCUGUAUUUGACUCCUUUUCCUGUUGCUUGCCUUAACUGUAGCUGCAAAUUGCUCUGGUCAGGAAGUCUUUUCUUUGUGAAUGCCUGUCCCUGUCUUACACCAAUUAAGCUGAUUUACAAUAAGUUAGGAGUUUACUUGGUUUAAGUUGCUUGUAACUUUCCUUCACGUCUGAGACAAAACAGGUCUAGACAGAGACAAUGUGAAAUUUUGAACAGCUGACCUAACUAUACUUUUUAAAGAAAAAAAUUAAAUCACAAAACGGUUUUCUACUUUGAAGCCAGAAAAAAGCUAAGGUAAAAAUUGCUUGAUUUUUCAGAGACCGAGUCUAUGACUUUCAUACUAAAGGCUAUUUUCCUGCCAUGGAGCUGGUAGACUGUAAGUUUGGCUGCCAUUCAGUACCACUUCUACAUUAAGGGAAAACAGAACUGCAAUUAAGAGUCUGUUAUUGAACCUGUUUCUGAAAGAUUAGGCAAAGAGGGCUGUCUGUAUUAAUUACAUACAAAAUUGUUCAAACAGCUUUCUUUUUCUCAAUUUAUUUAGCAUAAUGCUGACAGAGAUGAACAUUACUUUUCUACAAGUGCAUGUGUUAUGUUACAACCUGUAUCACAUAUGUCAGCCAGAAAUAUCUUCCAUACCGUGGUAGAAUAUGGUGCAGACAAACAUAUAGUAGAGCAGUGUUAGACUUCCCAAAUUUGGAAGUUUAAAAAUGCAAAUUCAAGAGUAUUACUUGUAUGUAUUUAAUAGUGUGCAAAGAGGAAGCUCCAUUCACAAAUCACUAAGUAGACAGCAAGCUUGCCAAGUUCUCUCCAACUACUUCUGCAAAAGCAAUCUAUGCCAAGGAAAAUAGUUCUUUCUGGUUUGAUUAUCAAAUAAUAGAUUGUGUGUUUUACUCAUCUGUCAUAAUGGCUUCUGUACUAGCUGUGGAAUUACUUUCUUCCACUCUGCCCAAAGUUUCUGUGCUUACUGGGGGGUUACUUUUUCCCGUGUUAUCACCCAGAGUUUCCAGUUUGGCUGUGGAGAGGUUUUCUUUUGGGCUGUCUGUAGUACUUGGCUUAUCUGUCACUACCCAGUCUUGCUGACCAGCCACAGAAAGACUUUCUUCAGGACUGUUAGAAUCCGUCACUUGCUGACAUGGUGGUUCAGGUUUUUGUGUCAUAUCUACUUCCACGUCUUGUGUUUUGCUAUCAGCUUUCACCUUGGCAGCAUUCCUGAAAAUAGCUCUCAUGACAACUGGGACCGACAUGCAACUGAAGGAGGAAAUGAAACAUUAGUCACUACUACAGGCUUCAUCCAUUCUUCAACCUACUUCUGUUUUUGAAACUGUGGCUGACACCUGAAUGAUAUGUGCGGUGAAAAACAGCACUACCUCCUUGCAUCUUUUUGCCUUGUACAACCUAAUAGGUGUUACACUAACUACAAUAUACCUUCAUGUGCUAUACCAGAAACAUAUGAUGAUACAAUGAAAUCAAGUGCUGGAUCUUUGAGCUUAGCUGGUGCAAAAGAAGCUUUGAUAGAAAGAGGGGCAGGGUUUGGUCAAAAAAAAAGUCAUAUAAGGGUGCUUUUAAUGAAAACCUGAACUAAUAAUAUUGAAAUAUAUUCAUUCUUGCUGAGUUUUAUAAUUGUAACUUUCAUGUUUUGUAUUAGACAAGUACAGAGUAUAUCUUCUCUAAAACACUAUCUCCACUAGAAGAGGGUUUUUUCCCCACUCUAACAAUAGUUACCUGGUUCUGGGAAUAGUAAUGAGUACUCUGUGACUUAAUACAGGGCAUGCUAAUUAAACAUGUUCAAAACCAGCCUGCAUUGUUCUUGCUGUCAUCAAAUAGAUAGUAGCUGUAUACUAUCUUAUGCCAAAUAAAUUAAUGCUCUCAGUCGUUUCUCUA